UCAUCCCCACCCAGCUCAACGAAAUUGAUGUCGUAGUCGAUUCGUGUGGUUAACGCGCUUCAUGUCCAUCUUUCUCUAUCACUGUGUCUCGGUUCAAGUGCGGAUGGUUAUUUUUUUAUAAGUUUUUAACUAUUUAGUUUUUAGGAACACCGCCAUGGCUUUAUCUACAGCUCGGCCGUUAGUUUCUGUAUACAGUGAAAAAAAUGAAGAAACCGGAGAAACUGUUGCUCUUGCUACUGUGUUCAAAGCACCCAUCAGACCGGAUGUUGUUAGUUUCGUCCACGACAAUGUCAAAAACAGCAGACAACCUUAUGCCGUCAGCAAACUAGCUGGUCAUCAAACUAGUGCUGAAUCAUGGGGUACUGGUCGUGCCGUUGCUCGUAUUCCUCGUGUCCGAGGUGGUGGUACUCACCGCAGUGGUCAAGGAGCUUUCGGUAACAUGUGUCGUGGUGGACGAAUGUUUGCCCCCACACGUGUAUGGCGCCGUUGGCAUAGAAAAAUUAAUGUUACACAAAAGCGUUAUGCUACAGUAUCAGCUAUUGCCGCUUCUGGUGUACCUGCUCUUGUCAUGUCAAAAGGUCAUUUGGUACAAGAGGUACCUGAAUUUCCAUUAGUUGUUUCUGACAAGAUCCAAGAAUACACUAAAACCAAGCAAGCUACAAUUUUCUUACACCGUAUCAAAGCAUGGAAAGAUAUCCAAAAGGUGAUUAAGUCUCGCCGUUUACGUGCAGGUAAAGGAAAAAUGCGUAAUCGUCGUCAUGUUCAGCGUAGAGGUCCAUUGAUUGUUUACAGUAAAGAUCAAGGUUUAAGGAAAGCUUUCCGUAACAUCCCAGGUGUAGAUUUGAUUAACAUCAGGAAAUUAAACUUGUUGCACUUGGCCCCUGGUGGUCAUGUUGGACGUUUUAUUAUCUGGACACAAUCUGCUUUCCAAAAGUUGGAUGAUCUUUAUGGCACAUGGGACAAAAAAGCAACUCUGAAGAGCGGCUACAAUUUGCCUUUCCCCAAAAUGUCAAAUACUGAUCUGACAAGGAUUCUCAAAUCUGAUGAACUCAAGAAAUACUUGCCAGCUCAAAG